AUGGAAAUUCCCGUUAGAAUUACUCGCCGCGAAAAUUUGAGAAACAGAAAAACAGUCCAUGCGUAUAAUAAUUUAAUCCCACUACAGGCUAGUGAGAACCACACUAGCAGAAAUACGUGUAGUACCCCAUUAACCCCGAACGAUCAGAUAUCAGUUCCCUCUAGUCUCAACAUUGUUCACUUAAACAUUUGCUCGUUAAGAAAUAUCGUUCACCUUACUGAGGUCAAGGAAUUAGUGAAGUUAAAUAAUAUCGAUGUGCUCACAAUUUCCGAAUCGUGGUUAAAUUCCUCAGUAACGAACCGUGAGAUUGCAAUCGACGAUUAUAAGAUCCACAGACUUGACCGGUUACACAAGAAAGGUGGAGGUGUCUGUGCUUAUAUCAAGAAGAAUAUUAAAGCAACUGUCUUAAAAGAUUUAUCGAAGGUGUCAGUCUCUAACUUCCAUCAACUAUGGAUAAAUCUACAAUGCCAAAAAAACAAAUCAAUAAUAAUUUGUGUAACCUACCGACCACCUGACACUUCUCUAAAUUGUUUCGAAGAUUUACUUAAGCCAAAUUAUGUUCAGGCUUUAACUUUGAAUAAACAGAUUUUGGUGCUCGGUGACUUAAACUGCAACAUGCUAGAAAACGGCCAAGAACGGAGAGCGCUAACAAAUCUUUCUACAGAAUUAAAUCUCACACAGAUUAUUAAAACUCCAACUAGAAUCACGGCGACGUCCCAAACGCUUAUUGAUGUUAUUCUAGUCUCAUCCACAGCACUUGUUCUUGAGAGUGGUGUUAUUAACACUUCUAUCAGUGACCACUUACCAGUGUACGUCCUACUAAAGUUAAAGGCCCCAAAGAUGCCAGCAUGUUAUAUUACAACUAGGAGUUAUAAAAACUAUAAUCCCUCACUAUUUUCCUCUGACCUUGUCACUAAAUCGGAUCGUCUGUUAUCCAUAUUAUCCAACACCAACGUUAAUACGAUACUCGAAACCUUCAAAGAUGUUCUUCACUCAACUCUCGACGUGCAUGCACCGUUAAAAACCUUCAAAAUUCGAAAUCGAUCAUGUCCAUAUGUCACCAAUGAAAUCAAAUAA